AUGCCUCUCGGAAACCCCCUCUGGGAGGUCGUUGAGCCCUAUCUCGUGGCUGCCAAUCUCUACACCAACCCCGACCCUACCCAUGGUCGUUACCUCCUUCCCCAUCACCCACCCCACCUCGAGCUGAUCAACAAUCCCGAUGUCAAGCAUGUCUGGCGUCGUGUCUUCCUCAAGCCCUACAAGGAGUUCAACACGCUGGAGGAAGCUUACGACUCAUGCGAGAUCAUCGGUUCCGAGGAAGUCCAGCUGAAACCCGAGGAGCUUGCAUCGGGCGUGAAGCGCGGUGGCCGCUGGGUCUUCUACUCUGUCUGGAAGCUUGACAAGGAGCCGCAAGGUGGUUGGGAGGAAGGCGGCAAGGGGUUGAAUCGCGACUUGCUUCUCGUCCAUGGCCUUAGCGACUACGGACUGAGGUACGCUCCCCAUGUCCUCCACUUCCUCAAAGCUGGCUUCCGCGUUAUCAUCCCAGACCUUCCUUCUUACGGACGCUCGACGGGCAUCAACUCCUACCUUCCCUCUCUGAACCUUCUCCCCGCCGCUGUCCACGCUGUGCUCAGUGACGUCGCACACUGGGACAUCUCCAGCGGCCGCCACCAGCGUCAGUUCCAUGGGCGCUUGGACAGUGUAUGUGACAAACCCGGUCGGAUCUUCCGAGCUGACAGCAGCCUGUACUAUGUCCUGAAGUACCCACCGAGCUCCUCAGAGAGUGCGAUUGCUGAUACCCAUGAGGGUGCACCGCGGCCCAACAUUGCCGGCGCGUUCGUGCUCUGCCCCAUGGUCGACGUGUCUCCGGAAUCGCGACCUAGCGCUCUGAUUGAGUACAUUGCAAAGGGUAUCAAGUACUUCGCAGGCUCCCUACCACUCGCUAAGGCCGUCCGAGGCAAUGUUUCCGACGACCCGAGAGUGGAGGCCGAUUUCUUCUCCGACCCUAUCCGGCUUGUCCACGGCUCGGCGGACCGUGCAACGUCGCCCGCCGCCACGGAACGCCUGUUCCAUCGCUUGCCCAACGCAGACAAGUCGUUCAAGCUGUACGACGGGUAUGAGCACGUGAUGUGCAAGGUGGGAAUCGAUGCUGCGGACGAUGAGAAGCGGCAGCGUGUGCUGAAGGACUGGCGCAGCUGGUUGAUUGCUCACUGCGAUGGCGACGACAACAGAAACAAGCAAGAAUAA